GAGAGUGAGGGACAGAAAGCUAAAAGGAGCGCGGAUGGAGAAUGCUGGGAAACCCUCAGCCAACGCUGGGGCCUGUUUUCCUAAGCAAGAUCCCGAGCGUGUUGGCGGUCACAUGAUCUCGAGAGAUGACCUGGAAUAUCCACGGGAAUACCGGACGCUGGGGAAUAAUGCUCGGCGCUUCUCCAAUGUUGGUCUGGUACAUACAUCUGAGCACCGCCACACUGUCAGUGCUGCGCAGAGCCUGGAGGCCCUGACCAACCUGCACAAAGCUGACAUGGAACGCAAGAGGGACGCCUUCAUGGAUCACCUGAAGAGCAAGUACCAGCAGCAGCAGCAGCAGCAGCAGCAGCAGCUGCAGCAUCCACACCACAGCCCCCACCACAACCCACCAUCGCCCUCACCCUCCCACGCCAGCAUGAGGGGCACAUCAGAGCGCUCUGCACGAGAACAACAACAGCCCAACUACUGGAGCUUUAAGAGCCGCAGCCCACGCCACUCCCAGUCUACCCAGUCUGGUCUUGCCGACCAGGCCGCCAAGCUCUCCUUUGCCUCCGCUGAAUCCUUGGAGACCAUGUCGGAAGCUGACAUUCCCAUUGGGUUCAACCGGAUGAACCGAUUUCGCCAGAGUCUGCCGCUGUCCCGCUCAGCCAGCCAGAAUAAACUACGAUCCCCAGAUGAGUUUUCAGGCGUGCUGUUCCUGCAGUACGGAGAUGAGACGCGUCGGGUGCACAUCACCCACGAGCUCACCAGCCUGGACACGCUGCACGCUCUCAUCGUACACAUGUUCCCUCAGAAGCUGACAGCAGGUAUGCUAAAGUCACCCAACACAGCCAUCCUGAUCAAGGACGAGGCCCGUAAUGUCUUCUACGAGCUGGAGGAUGUCCGGGACAUUCAGGAUCGCAGCAUCAUCAAGAUUUACCGCAAAGAACCCAUCUAUGCUUCUUAUCCUGCUGCUGCACACCUGGCCAACGGGGACCUGAGGAGGGAAAUGGUGUAUUCUUCCCGCGACUCCUCCCCGACACGCCGCCUCAACACCCUUCCUUCCUCCACCGCCUCAGCAUCCUCUGGGUCUCCUUCCCGCUCACGCCUCUCCUACAGCGGGGGCCGCCCUCCAUCCUUCAGUGGAUCCCAUCCCCAGCAUGAGCAGCCCCGACACCCCCACCAUCCCUCAGCCAGCCAUGGUGCCAACGCAGGCCUGUCUCCUUCACCCAGUGCCAUCCUGGAGCGCCGCGAUGUCAAACCUGAUGAAGAAGUUUCUGCAAAAAACAUGGCACUGAUGAAAAACGAGGGCUUGUAUGCCGAUCCCUACAGCUUGAUGCACGAGGGCCGCCUCAGCAUCGCCUCCACCCAGUCGUUAGCUGCGAUCGGAGACCCCUUUAGCUUCCCUGUUUCCACUGGCCUGUACCGGCGUGGCUCUGUGCGCUCUCUCAGCACCUACUCAGCUGCUGCUCUCCAGGGGGACCUGGAGGACUCUCUCUACAAGCCUGGAGGUUCGCUAUACUCAGACACAUACUCCUCAGCCACUCUGGGCAUGGGUUUUCGCAUGCCACCCUCAUCCCCACAGAAAAUCCCUGACAUGCAGCUGAGGGACAGGGACUCUUAUUCCAGCUCACCCAGAGCUUCUCCUGUCAGACAGAGUUUCCGCAAGGACUCUGCCUCCUCCUCUGUGUUUGUGGAGAGCCCGAAGUCCAGGCCCAGUUCCGGUUCUGACCCUCUGUGUCUAACAGCUGGACCUGGUGAGGGCAGCCGUGGCACAUCUGGUUUUGGGUCUUCAUUAUCUGGGCAAGAUUCUGACAGUAGCAGGGAUCACCGCCUGGAGCGUAUGGAGGCCAUGGAGAAGCAGAUAGCCAGCCUGACUGGCCUCGUCCAGAGUGUGCUGACCAGAGCACCAGACAGUGACAGCACAUGCGGCCUGCUGCGUCUCUGCAUGAUGGCGGGCUGCCCUCCGGACCAAGGGACGGAGUUUUCACGGCCAUUACCUUUCUCUUCCAGCGAGAAGACCGAAACCAACAGUGAUGGCUCCGCCACUGGAACAAAUACACCGUCGGCACCUCUAGCUCUGAUGCCACCGCCACCUUCUAACUCAAUCCAGGUGAACAGUGUUGGUCGCUUGCAGAUGCAGCUCCAUCUGCACGGUCUGCAGCAAAAUGCCAGCGACCUCCGCAAACAGCUCAACCAGCUACGCAAGAUCCAGCUGGAGAACCAGGAUUCAGUGCGAAUGCUGCUGAAACGGACAGAGGCCGAGCUCAAUGUGCGCGUGGCUGACGCCCUGAGGAAGCAGGAGGAUCCUCUGCAGAGGCAGCGCCUCCUGGUGGAAGAAGAGAGACUCAAGUAUCUCAAUGAGGAGGAGCUCAUCAUCCAGCAACUCCACGACCUGGAGAAGUCAGUGGAGGAGAUCCAGAAGGAGUCGUCUGUCAACCACAAGCUGGUGACAGUGCAGGAGCUGGAGGAGAAGUCCGCUCUUCUGAGAAAGCUGGGAGAGACACUCACAGAGCUGAAAAAUCAAUUCCCAGGUCUGCAGAGCAAGAUGCGGGUGGUGCUCCGGGUGGAAGUGGAGGCUGUUAAAUUCCUGAAAGAAGAGCCACACAGACUUGAUGCCCUGUUAAAACGCUGCAAGACUAUAACUGACACCCUUGCUACCAUGCGCAAACAAGCGAAUGAGGGGGUAUGGAGGAAGCAAGAGGACUUCACUAGUUCAUCAUCGAAGCACAGCGAGGACUUGCGAAAGUUUUCAGACUUUGAAAUCCCUACCAGCCCGCCGCUCGCCAUCAAUGACCUUGGGGGAGGCAACAGUUUGUCCAACUGGAGCCCUCACUCCAGCCUCAGCCGUGGACAUGGUAACCAACCCGGCCCUCACAAGGAUAAUCAUCCUCCUGUUCCCCACAAGGGCAAAGCGCUAGAAGAGCUUGAGCGCCGUGCCGCUGCUGACAAAGCUUUGUCGAUGGAAGUCCGACUGGCAGCGGAGCGGGACUGGGAGGAAAAGCGGGCCAGUCUAACCCAGUACAGUGCUCAGGACAUCAACCGUCUGUUGGAGGAGACUCAGGCUGAGCUAAUGAAAGCUAUUCCAGAUUUGGACUUUGCUGCCAAGCAGAUUAAGCCCUCCUCCAACACACCAUCAACACAGACCCCCCAAAGUGGGGCAGCAACUCCAGAGCACCGUGCCAACAAGCCCCAGCACAAGCUUUCUGGGAAAGAGGGAGGAUCCAGGCGUGGCUCUGAUGAGCUGACAGUACCUCGGUAUCGCACAGAGAAACCCUCCAAGUCACCUCCACCUCCACCACCUAGACGCAGUUUCCCUUCAUCUCCAGGAGUGACCACUCGCAGUGGGGAGCCACUAAUUCCUGGAAAAAGCAUAAAGAAGUCUGAAUCUGAAGAGACAGAGGGGCAGAAACCUCACAUAAAACUGAGGAGGACCGUGUCUGAAAACCCUCGUCCUUCAUCAACACCUCCCACACUGGUUUCUGAAAACAAGGAGGAGGGAGAGGAGGAGAAGAUUGCUGCUGAAUUGGAGCUAUUUGAGAGAGUCCCAGUCAGGCUCUCUAUGUCAGCUCCCCUUUCCCUGCUAGUUAGCCCAAAAAGUGUACCCCUCUCCAAACUGGACCUGUGGCCUCCUGAGGCCCCAGGCAGUGAGGCAGGGUACUUGUCUCCUGUCCCCCACAUCGUGUUGACAGAGUGCUGUCCGGCUUUGCUCACAAAUUCAGAGGACCCUAUCAGAGAUUUAGGGAAUGACCUUGUGGAGGAGACGCCAUCACAAGAUUGGACUGGUUAUCAAUCAAUCUAUAAGACUAUGAUUUCAUGGGAAACGCAUUCAGGGGGUCCUCCUCAUCGAGAACAGUGUUUGGAUAGCAAAUUCAAACAGGAAGUUGCCCUGCUGGUGACAGAUCUGGACAUGAGAGCGGUGUCUCUUCUUGAGGCCCAAGAGCUCAGUGAGACUAAAAGAAAUGUUCUUCACACUCUAACCAUCUCUCCGCAGACUAAAGAACUCUCUGAGGUUCAGCUGAGUCACCGGCCUCUCUUAGUGCUCUUCGAGGAAGGAAAAACUGUCAAAGAGGCCUACCAACUGCUCUAUUCCCUUUUGGAUUCAUUCAAAUUAAAAUCCUCCCAUGCCCCAGGCCAGCAGACGUCUCUAGUGGAGGCUCUGAGGAGGGGGAUAGAGACAGGGGCUGGCAUACUGACAUUUCACCACAAAACUAAAAUUAGGAUAAUACCUGAGAUGCAGCAGAGCUCAGUAAGCCGUACUCUUGACUCUACUGGGUCAUUUAGCUCUGUGGACACUCAGAGGAGAAUAGAAGAUGUCCGACGCAGCACCUACAAGAGGCUGGACAGCUUGGAGGAGACUAUUCGGGAGCUCGAGAACACAUUCAUAGAGAUUAGUGGCCAUGCUACCACAGAGCAGAUGUCCACUGAGCCAAUCAUCAGAAGUGCAGCUGUACAGAUGACUGGUAGUCCAACUUCCAAGAUGAAGAAGCCACCACCCCCGCCCAAGCCAUCUUCUUUGAAUCCAGCAUCAAUCCAGGGAGGAACUCAUUCCAGUGUUGGAAAGGUUCUCAACUCCUCAGCCGCCUCCAAGCUGAAGCACCUGCAGCAGAACAGCACAGAAAAGACUAAAAGUGGCAAAAGAGAGGACUUCAUGAAGAUCCAGGGCCAGCAACAGCACAGUGUAAAUGGACUCACGGUUUUCUUCUUCACGGACAAGUUUCCUACUCCGAUCUGGUUCCUUAGUUCCUCUGCAGUUCUCCCACAAAGUCAUACUGCCACCUUCCCAGAUAGAGUGCACAGGCCUCCCCUCCCACCAGCUACCUGCUAUAAGCUGAUGUGGUCUGGAUGUAGUUGCUGACAAUACCAUUCUCACAUACCCUCACUCAGUGGGUUGUUAGUGGCAUAGUUAAAAUAUCUAGACUGUGACUCUGAUCAUAUAAAAAAUAGAGCUGCAGUAAUCACCAAGUGAGUCUAGUAGUUGUGUGUGUUCAGGAUAGUAUUGUUUUGACUUAAUCUGCAUCACCUGACAGAAUGUGAUUCUGCUCAGAAGAGUUAAAAAAAAAAAAAAAAAAAGACCGAGGUUAUGAAUGAGGUUUCAAGCUGUUUAGUGUUAAAAGGGCAUUUGUGGCUUUUCUUGCGUCGCCUGUUUUAAACUAAACUGGUGCUAUAUUUUCCCCUCUGUUUGUACAAGCUGUGAGCUUACACAAUUGUUUCUCACUCUCCUGUCUCGACUUCAUGUUGCAUUUAAAUCUACACAUACAACCCUACAAAUGAAAGGCUUGCAUCAGCAAUUAGGGGCAAUUAAAGCGAUCUUUAAGUGGAAAAUUGGAAAUCGCAACCUAUUCACAGGAGUGCGCAGACAGCAGCACUCCUGAAAUAGCACAAUUCUUUUUUUUAAAGAAACAACAAAGAGGCACAGUUACACAAACGGAAGGGGAAAGUGCAAACGAUGAAUUGUAUACAAAUGUUGCGUUUCAUAUGUGUGUACUAGCUAGUUAAUUAUGACAAUCAGGAUGUUUCCACAGUAGCAUCUUACAGGUUGGCAUUUACAGCGCCUGACAUCACAACCCAUCCCAAAGACUCAAGCGCACACGCUGACGAGCAACACACAAAACACAUGCACUUGACAAAAACAAUCUGUACAGCACAGACGCGACUAUUUUGGUUUUCUUUCAGUCAGCUUCAUGUGAUGACUCAUGCUAAGUCACAUCUGUUGCACCAGUUAUAAAGAGCACUCUGGUAAAAUAUGCCGUAUUCACCGGAACUUGAUCUCCCCUUACAGAUCUACAGACGGAUGGAUGCUUUCUUUUGAGCUACUUUUGAAGUUCCAAUCAAUUCAAAGUUUAGACCUUAUUGUAAAAUAUACAGUAAGGCCUAAACAAGACAAAAUUAGAUUUUACUGAAGUGAGCUGAUGACCCAUAACGCCUCCAACUGAGUCUGAAAUUAUCAAUGGCGUGCGAGGAGAAUAUAAAAAUGUAAAUCAAGCACAGUUGCCCCUCAAACAAAAAAAAAAAUCCCAACUUUUCAUUUUAACCUCGUAAUUCCAGUUAAUUAUGACAAGCACAAAGGUCAAAGCGUUACCCUCAUAUUUGAUAUGCUGCACAUCAGAUUAUAAGCAUUGCUUUGGUUGGGUUACCUGCAUUUUGAAGCAGGUAACAUUUUAGUGUUUCUCAAUGACAGAAGCUCAAGUUAGGAUUAUUUUCAAGCACAUCAAAGGCCCGUCGGUGUAAACCCUGCACAAGAAACCUUUUGGAAGCUGCCUGUCCUGUGUGUUUGCCUCAAGGCAGCCUGCUGGGGAGGUGAAGUAGUUGAAUGGACCGUAACCGACAAAGUGAUUCUUCUCAGUAGUUCUCCAGCAUGACUGUGUGAAAUCGAUGCUUUGUGGCAUUGAGGUUUAAAACAUGUGAAAAGGGGCUCAUGUCAAAGAGUAGGCAGCUUUAGGAGAGGGGAUUAGUUUGGGGACAUGUGUUUGAAGGAUACUUUAAUAAGGCCGGCUUUGACUCGUCCCGUCUCUAUUGAGAGUGCUUGUGAUAUAAAAGACCCAAAGAGAUGAGAGGAAGGGUCUGACAGCUAGAGGGCACUUCUUCCCCUUGCCCAUUUAACUUUGCCUUGUCUUUGGCGUGGAGCAUCUCUAAGAAUAAAAAGUGCUCAGCUGAGGUUAUCCAAUAGCAAAGUGUGAUGAGCCUCAAUUAUGAACAAUAUGUGCAAUAUGUAAUUAGCACUCUUGCAAUUUUACCAAGGCAGUGCUCUUUGCCUUUGACAUACUCCUGCCUGCUUCUCUACAAGGACCUGUAACCAUGUUUUUCCCCAGUGCCUCUAAGACGUUGCUCCUGCCAGAAUCCCCCAAAUGAUCUUGUAUUACAGAAGUAGAUCAGCAGCAAUGACAGAAUAACACUUUUACCCAAAGAAGAAGCUGUGAGAACUGGCUCGUUUCCUUUUUUUCGCAGAUAAAAGAAAACAGUACUUGAAAUGCACUGUGUCAGGUUGCAGCGGUGGCAUUUGACUAAACACUCCCCAGCUCUAACAGUGUGCGCAACUGCAAGCUCACAGCACAGCAAAUUAAGUCUCACCCCUGGGUGCUCUGUAGCUCUGCCAGGCAGGUUCAAGCCCUGGGUUUCAUAUUGAGUGAAGUCAAAUGAAAGAAAUUCACUUACUCAUGCUGUUCAACACUCAAAUCCAUAACUCUCCAAGUUAAAUUUGCUGCAUUUGCGUCUGGUGAGCGCUGGGGAGGAAGUAUGCACGCUUGGCUGCAUUUCCCCAACUAAAGUCUGAGAUGAAACCCUCCAAGAAUUGCGUGACAGUGCUCUCUGGACUUUUUUUUUUUUUUUUCUCAAGACAAGUGUUAGUGCGCUGUGAUUUCAACAUGGCUGGAGGUUAAAAGGACAUGUUGAAAAAACUCACAGUAGAUGCCUCUGGCAAUCAGAAAAACUCAUGCAAACUUGAAGUGAAACACAGAAGAAAUAUACAUAUAUAAAUAUAUCUAAGUGAGAAGUUUGUGUAUGAUAUUA